UCCUGGAAGCUUUGUUACGAACAUUUUAUUUUGGAGUAACACUGUUUGCCAUAAACCAAAACAUCACGAAAAACUUUAUGUAGUUUGUAUUUUAUUAUAUUUUGUGAAAUUGGAGUUAGAAUUUGCGUACAUCUACAUCUGGUAAAAUGUUAUUUUGAACACAUAAGUAUGGCGCUUGGUUUGAAUGCGACACAUAGACUGGUUAGCUAGCAUGCUACCUGUUCUAGUUUGUCGCGAACGGCAUUAGCUCGUUUUUUUCUUUCUACUUUUCUACAUAAACUUGUACUUGAAAAAAACUUAGCGAGUUAAUUAUUAUGUUGACAUAGUAAAUAAUAAUAGUAAUUCACUAAUAAGUCUCUUAGCCGUUUAGCAGCAGAAUUAUUGUUGUGGUAACAUGCAGCUAUGUUGCCCAACUGGCCAGGUUAACAGUUCUUGGUUAAAUUAACUCGAUGACGCCCAAAAAUAAGAUUGCUUAGCGAGGUGACCAGUUGUGUUAAACCCGUCACAUAUAAAACAAUAGUCAUGACUGUUGUUACUAUUAAAAUUAUUAAAACUAUCGUUUAUUUGGUUACACAAUUUCACAGAACUCUGCGUCGAUAUAUUGUUUAGUUAGUAAUUAACCAUGGCCUUUACUAUCGGCAGAAUGAAUAUUGGUGAUACCUGGUGUUGUAUGCUUCAUAGUGUUUUAUUUUUGUUGCAUUAAAUAGGCGAAGAAGUAUGCAUAAAGUUGCAUGUGGAGAUGACGAAGCUCUGCUAUGUAAAUGACCCCGAGCGUGGGAGUUUUAGGCGUGGAUAAUAUUGUGGUGUCAGAUCCAGCAGUAUUCCACCCAAAGGAAGUACAUAGGCAGGUGGUGUGGGAAAGACAACAGUGCUGACCCACUUUCGAGUUAUACAUCUCAUUUCUCGCAUCCUUACCUUACUGAAAGGGCAGAAAAAUAAGCAACAUUUUAGCAUUUGUUAUGAAUAAUUUGACUGUUCUUUGCUUGAGAUUAUAGAAUUACCUCGCCUUGUGUUUCAUAUUUUCCAAGCAGGGGACACUGGAAACAAAGUGAUAGCUUGUGCUUUCCUAGUUUUGUGCUAUAGCAUAAAUUAUUCUAUGUUCUGCAUGCAGUUGAUUAAUAUCUGGCCACUAAAAUGGAUAUGAUCACUUUCCCAGUCAUAUUGUGUGUCUAAGACCUGUAUGCCACCGCUGAACCUUUCUGUAUAAUUUGAAUGAUUGUGCUGAGCACACAGCCAAACCGAAUGAGGCAAUUUUAUACAUCUUUAGAUGUCUCUUAGAUGGUCUAGGUGUCUUUUUAACAAUUUGGGGCAAGUCCCAAAUUACACAAGAAAUAUGCAGAAAAUAACCCCUGUUACAUGGACCGGUUGUCGCCUGAUCCCUGAGGACCCAAGAGUGGAAAAGGAAAGGGAGAAAAUGUGAUUAUACAUAUUUAAGAAUCCCCCAUCUUCGCAUGGCAGGAUGGCCGUCCCCUCCACAUCGCAUUUGGCCAUCCACUCCAAAACACACAAGGACACCAUCUUGAACAAAUUCGAUAAGCUGAGGAAGAAGGAGCUGCUUUGUGACAUAACGCUGAUCGUGGAAGAUGUCCACUUUAAGGCCCACAAGGCUCUGUUGGCUGCAAGCAGUGAAUAUUUCUCCCUGAUGUUCACCGCCGAGGGCCACGUCGGCCAGUCCAUAUACAAAUUGGAUGGCAUGGCCGCGCAGAUCUUCGGCACCGUGCUGGAGUUCAUUUACAGCGCCAGUGUGUCUGUGGAGGAGAACGCGACCGAGCAGCUCCUGGCUGUGGCCCGGCUCCUCGAGGUCAGUGACCUGGUGAAGGCGUAUGCUGAUUCUCAGAGCACCGUCCCAGCCUGUGAUUCUGCGAAGCCUACCGGUGACCCCGGAGCGGGCUUAGAAAAGCCCAAACGCAAGAGGGGUCGGCCAAGAAAAAAUGUGACCGUUCCGGAGAUGCCAGGGGCACUAGCACCUGAGUUAAACAUCGGAGCACAAGCCAGUCCAAAGGGCGACAGGAGUGAUCCGGCUGCUCUCGGCUCUAAGGACAAUGGCGAGGCGAAGGCCGAGGGAGACGUGGCGGAGCGGGAAGCCAGCAUGGAGUUUCCUCAAGACACAGAUGCCGACUACGACCCCAGAGCGGGACGCAGCCGAUACAGUAAACGCAAAAUUAAGCCACCAACCAAGUUAAGAGGGUAUCGCGUUGGGGACGACUCAUCAGAGUCUGGAGAGCCCGGAAGAAGAGGGAGAAGGCGGAAAUACCCCAACACAGAGGCCCGCUGCGAGGACUGUGGGAAGGUCUUCAAGAACCACCUCUUUUUAAAGAUACAUCAAAGGACUCACACAGGCGAAAAGCCCUUCCGAUGUUUUGUGUGCUCAAAGGGAUUCACACAGAAGCACACGCUGCUGGUCCAUCAGCGCAUGCACACGGGGGAGAAGCCCUUCAUCUGCACCGUCUGCUCCAAGGCCCUAUCCACCAAACACUCCUUGCUGGAGCACAUGAACCUGCACACAGAGCAGAAAUCAUUCAGCUGCGAUCAGUGUGGGAAGACGUACAGUCAGAGGAGGCAGCUGAAGAGCCACUACAGGGUGCACACAGGUAAACCUUUACCAGAGUGUGUGCACUGCCAUCAUAAAUUCAUGGAUGCGGCUCAACUUAAGAAACAUUUGAGGACACACACUGGGGAGAAGCCUUUCACCUGUGAGAUUUGUGGGAAGUGCUUCACAGCCAAGAGUUCCUUGCAGACCCACAUCAGGAUCCACAGGGGGGAAAAGCCUUAUGUGUGCAGCAUCUGUAAUAAGUCUUUCUCAGAUCCUAGUGCAAGAAGGCGUCACGUGGCUUCCCACACGGGAAAGAAGCCCUUCACAUGCCCUUUCUGCAGCCUGUCUUACGCCCGCUUGGACAACCUCAAGGUUCACACCAAGACCCACAACAAGGAGAAGCCGGUAGAGGCCCCCGAACCCGCGGCCACGGAGGUGGUCAGUGCCGGAGCCGAGGAGGUCCGUAGCAUCCUGCAGCUCCAGCAGUAUCAGCUGCCGGCCUCGGGGGAGCAGGAGAUCCAGCUGGUGGUCACCAGCGAGGUGGACAACAUCAACUUCGUGUCCGGGCAGGAGCAGGACAUCAGCAUCAUCACGAGCGAGGCCUCUGAGGGCAUGGGGGCCCUGCUGGGGCAGCCCCCUCAGCAGGUGCCGAACCUGGCUCUGGUCGCUUCCGGGGAGCCGGCCCAGCAGAUCCAGGCCAUCGGAGUUCUGGAGGGCCAGCCCGAGCAGAUGCAGGUCAUCACCCUGACCCGGGAGGCCAUGGAGCACCUGCAGGCUCAUCACGGGCCGCCCCAGCCCCUGCCCGUGGCGCCGCGGGCUGUGCAGCACCUGCACGUGAUGCAGCAGCAGCCCCUCCCGCAGCUGCCCGUGGCCCGCGAGGCCCUGGCCCAGUCGGUGGCCAUCGACCGGGAGCAGCAGGCUCAGGCCAUCCACAUCAGCGGCCAGAGCACCCAGCCCAUCUCCAUCAGCCAGACCACGGAGCAGAUCCCCAGUCACCAGAUCCAGGGGCAGACGUUCCAGAUACAGGCAGGUACUGUGUCCUACCUCUACACCACCAGCCUGGCGCCGCAGAACUGAAAGAAGCUCUUCGGUGCUCUCUAGUGACUCACCAAAAUACCUGAGCUGUCGCCCUUCGCAAAAUGAGUCCUUGUUUCUAUGAAGACCUUUUCAAUGUAUUUUUGUAGAGAUUUGUACUUCUUGAUAACAACCCCCAUUUGAACAGAGUAGUAUUCAAUUAAAAAAAUAUAUAAAGCAAAUUGACUAAGCAUGUCUAAGGCUGGUGAGGAAGCCCAUCCAUUAGUGGCCUGCAGAUGUGUCAUUUUCUCUCUACCUCAGCCGUCACUCAUUUUAGCAAAGCUUUUAGUCGUGGAUGUGAGUUCACCUGGUGCCCCUGAUGGACACCGUGCCCUCUGUGGGCGAGCAUCUCCUGCCCCUCAUCUAAGCAAGAUGGAGAUGCUUUGGAGUCUUUGUGGAAGUUGACCUGUACAUUUUUGAUGUCUGUAAAUCAGAUAAAAGAUGAACUAAA